AUAAUUAGGGUGGAACCAGACUCUCACAGGGUGAAACCUGGUUUCAGGGCAAGUGAAAGCAACUACAGCAAGACUAUAAGGGGCAAUGACAGAUUAACAGUGGACUAUCUUUGUCAUGAGUGCUCAAGCUAACAUGGAUACCAUCUUAGUCUUCAGCCUAAUCAUUGUAUCCUGUGAUUCCAACAAGAAAGACCUCAGAGAAAGCAGCUGCCAAGUGGAACAGUUCCCUGGGCUCUUCCCAAAGGAUGUGAAAAGCAUGAGGGAAUUCCUAAUGCAAGUUCCUUUAGAAACUCACACAGAAGCCAAAAGGGCCACAUUUAUCCAAAAUCAGACUAUGGCUACCCUGCAGUGCCUUGGCUCUGGGAGCAAAGUGAAAGUCAACCUUCUAUACUUGGAGGGGAGGCCAGAAGUCAAACCUGUUCUGAAGAACCUAAGAGUCAUUGCUGCUCCCCAUAGAAACAGCUCUGCUUCCCCAAGCUGUCACCUAAUCCCCACAUCCAAGUUCCAGACUGGAUCCAUUCUAACAGCUUUUUUGCCAGGGAUCUCCCAAUGUAAGUUCUAUCCCAUGAUGAGGACGUCAUCAGAGACUUUUCCCAUCACUACCACCUCCACAACUUCUGGGAAUAAAGAAGAAGAGAAAACUACAAGUACUGGUGAUUUUUCUAGCCCUUUGACACAAGUCACAGAUGAGGACCUAGCAAAAAGGCAGAAAUGGAGUAUUGUGGUCAAAUUUCUGAUUGCUGUCACCCUGUUGGUCACUGGAGUUGCCAUUAUGAUAUUUGUCAUUUUUGAAGUCCCAUGCCCUAGUCGAUGCCUAGGAGCCAGAAGACUGUGCCAAUGCCAGCAGCUGUGGAGAAGGCAAAAGAAGGGAGACCAGCACCCUGGGGCAGCUGAAUCCCAGGCAGAUUCUCAGCCUGAGAAGGGAGGUGUUGGACAAGACAUUCCUAACUCAUCAAAUGCGAAGAAAACUACAGGAAUUACUAUUAUCCACCAGACAUACUUUUGAAAAAUUCUGUUCUAAAUUAAUACACUGUUUCUUCUCCACUGUUUCCUCCCUAUUAUUAGUCAAUAUGGGCAGAUUCUUGCCAGUGUUACAUUUAUAUCUUCAUGGGGUGGUGGGGCAUUAUCAUCAGUACUGCCAGGUCAGGGAAGGAAGAGCCUGGACUGAGCAGUUACCCUCAGGACACUGCUACUGACGUUGCCACAAACCUCUGUGAUUCACUUUGGAUGUCCAUGAAAAUGGUUAUCUUUCCAUUCCAUCAAAUGAAAACAAAGGCCUUCCCUCUAAGUACUAUGAAUGGAUCUUAUUGCUCUCUUUGACAAAAGACUUAAACACAGCCUCCAAGAAACUGGGCAAGGCAGCUGGUAGUGUGGCACACAU